AUGCUGCACGCAAGAAGCAUCAGCCCGGCUCCUGAGACGAUCGGAUCGGAGGAUUCGACGGAGGAUGGAGCCUCCACCACCGAGCUAGGUUGUUUGGUGAGCGAGGUGACUCCGGAGCCUCGCGCCGCGCCUCGCCCCCGCUGCAGCUGUCGGGAGGCUGCUGUGACGCUUCCUGCCAUCCUGGCAACUCUGCUCUUCCUGCCCUUCAUAAUUGGGAGUGCAAUAGGUGCUCAUGGCCUUCUUGGGGCGCGUGGAAGUGGACCAAUGUGCCUUUUGGCGCUUGUGUGGGCUUCUGUCGCAUCGCUGUACCUUGCAUGGGCCUGGAUGACGAACAAGCGGGCUCUCGCAAGUCUGCUACUUCUGGGUGCCCUCCUUUGCUGCUUCGUGCUGCUGAGCCUGCCGGCGCUGCUCGCAUUGCACUCCUCCAAGCAUCUGGCAGAUGAGGUGGACAGGUUGUUUCCCGCAAAUGUGGAAAACGCACGAGACAACGCCUUCAGCUUUGGUUCGUGGUUGAUUGGACCAUUGGCUGCCGAGGUCGGCAGCUGCAAGCUUCGGCCGUUGCACGUUUCCAUACCGUUCAAGAACAUUUCCUCACCGCCAGACUGCUCCCUGCAGCCCUUUGUGAGAAGAUGUGGUUCUGCUGGGCCUUUGUUCCUGGAUGUCUACCUGCCAGAGUUGCGAGGUGCUCCUGGCGAAUUGAGCAUGCCUCUGUUGUUCUUCGUCCACGGCGGGUGGUGGUGGAGCGGAGACCGAACCUGGCAUCACGCUUGCUUCUUUGAGUAUUUUCUGAAUCGUGGCUUCGUGCUCGUGUCGGUGGGGUACCGUCUUACGCGGGACGGCUACGUGGGGACAGACCUGGUGGAAGAUGUUGUUGAUGGCCUCAUGCAUGUGAUCGAACAUGCUGAAGAGCUGGGCGUUGACAAGCGCAGAGUGAUUGUGCAGGGCGAAUCUGCUGGUGGCCAUCUGGCGGUGUUGGCAUCCUUGUUGGUACCAUCUGGGCUCGUGCGUGGUGUCGUGGAUCUCUGGGGCAUCCAGGAGCUUCGCCGAGGCUACAGCUCUCGUGUCCGUGACAACUGGCCAGAAGCAUACGUCCUCUUCUGUGGGGGCAAUCCUGUGACGAAGCCUGGUUUCCUGGCAGAGAUCGGAAGUUCAGUUUAUGCCCAGUUUCUCGCGCGGAGCGACAAGGAUUGCUCCCUCGUUGGCCACAGGCUGCUUUCACAACAUGUCAACGACAACCCACGUGGCGGAGCAGCUUGGGCCUCGGCAGCGAUCGGGGGGGCUUCACGGAGCAUCGGUUACUACAAGGUCUCCACCGAUGCUGUUGCUCCAUGGAACAGCCGCUGCUGGGACAAAUGUUCCUGUUGGUUUCUGUUUCUUUGGGAGUGGCACAUCUGCACACAAGAGUGCGAUGAGGACACGGUAGUGUCCUUCGACCAGUCGGUGACUUUGGCGGAUGCACUGCAGAACUUCCACGUGCCCAAUCUGCUGGUCCUACCACCUCAGUCACUGGGCGGUGCUCGAGCUAGGCAAGAUAUCACAGGAAGUGCCACCGUUCUGGCUGUUGACAAAGCCUCCGCCACUGUCAGAAGACGAGAAGCUUCAGGCAAGUUGCAGGAUCUGACAGGGAGGGAACUUGAGAAAGUUGAUGCUUUCGUGGAGACGGAUACCUGCAUCCUGCCGUUGGCUCCGAAGGCCCAGCUCGGCUCUGCCAUUCAUGAUCGCCACCGCGUGCUGCAGGUGAGUCUUGGCAGAGAGCACGGCCUUCUGCUGUCUGACGCGGGGAUCGCCUUCACUUGGGGCGACAACCGCUUUGGCCAGCUCGGCCGAGAGCCGGUGGUCAAGGAAGAGAAUGGCAGGCCGUUCCCCGUGAAGGGCUUGGUUGGCCAUGAAGUCACUCAGGUGUCUGCAGGAAUGCACCACUCGUUGGCACUGGUGGCACCUGGCUUGGUCUGGUCUUGGGGACGCAACAAAUCCGGACAACUGGGUGUUGGUGACUACAGGGACCGGAUUCACCCGGUGAAGGUCUGCCACCCGCCCGUUACCGACAACCCGGAGGAGUCGGGAUUCCAGCUGGGUGCUAACAAAGACGGCCAGAUCAUUUCAGUCUCGGCCGGCACAGACAGCUCUGUGGCUGCCGCCCUGAACUCCAAUAUUUGGCAGUGGGGACAGAUAUCUGACGGCUUCCAGGACCACCUCGUCACCAGUGACAAGUCCAAGAAGAGCAGCAUAGCUGUUGUCAAGAACAGGCCGUUCCGGGUCUUUCAGAAGGACGAGUUUCGCUCGCAGAUGCGAGCAGGACGAGUUUCCAUUUCCUCGACAGGGUGUAAGGUCCUGCAUCAGGACACCUACACCGACAAGGUUCGAGUUGAGACGUUGGUCCAGGGGCUGAAGUCUAUGCAGGAGAGCAUCAACAAGGAGCGGCUGGACAUUGCUGCUCUCGAUGCUCAGCAAGUCAAGCAGAAGGACGGAGAGGUGCAAGCUGGUGGUGCGACAGACAACGAGCUCGACACUCUCCAGGACACCAUCGGCGAGCUCGAGCACGACAUCAUGGUGCACGAGCGGGACAUCGAUGCACUGACAAAGAGCCUGGAGAGUUGCGAUCUUCGUCAGACCCACAACCGGAAGCAGCUCCAGCAACUGCAGCAGCAGGGCACUUCCUUGCACGACCGGCAGGACCAGGUCUCCCUUCAGAUCUCCAUGGCUCCGAAAGCCGGCGCCGAGAGGAGGAAGCUGGAGGAGCAGCUGGCCGAGGUAGAGGAGUUCGUGCAGGCGAACAAGAACACACGCAUGACACUUCUGGACCAGAGAGCAGAGACCGACAAGGAGAAGCAAAGCAUUGCUGCCCAGCUGGCCGACUUGCGCAGGCAAAAAGACCGAGCUGAGCGCCGUCUGGGAAUAGUCCGAGACCUGAGCAAAUCGACGCAGGCAACCAGCUCCGGUGCAUCGGACCUCCUGAUCAAGGUCCUGCACCAGCAAUGCACAGAGGUGGAAGAGUACUUUGAAAAUCGCAAGGACACCUCCAAGGAGGACAACGACUUCCUGGCGGCCAUGAAGAUCCUGGAGAUGGACAAAGCUUUCCUGGACAGGGUGGAAAAUAAGAUGAAAGAGAAAAUGAAGGAAAUGAUCGACGGGAAUAUGCGCAAUGGUGACAGGUUGCGCAGCGACCGUGCGCAGAUGGUCUUCUUGAUGCUGUCUGACCUGAUACACCUCCGAAAGUCCUGGUGUGAAAUCUUGCAGGACCACUGGGCUAAAGAUGGCCUGGAUCUCUCCUGCUUCUUCCAAGGCUCUAAGAAGCCCUCGUCAGAAAUGCCUGUAUUGGCCGAGGAUGACCAGGAAGUGUCGACAUCUGUGCUGGCAACGCCUAUGAUGCCGAGCCUCCUGCCAUUCGGCGCGUCUCCAGAUGACGCCAUGGUCGACCGGCGGUAG